AUGGCUACCACUGCUGCUUCUCUGACCUCCCAUGGAGUUGAACCGGCUGUUCCCGCUCCUGUAGCCAUCAACCGCCCGCUCUUGGACACUUCGGUGCAGGCGCUCAGCUCCAGUUCUGCCAUUUUCUCCUUUGAGCCCCAUGUCAAAGCACCCUUUGAUGCCAUCCGGCGUCUGUUUGAUCAUCUUCGAGCCAAUUCUGAAAAUGCGUCAUCUCUCAAUGCUGCGUAUCCCAAGCGAGGCAUCUUCAAGACAGCUGCGAUGAGCAAUGCUACAUCUGAUCAGAAGUUCACCAUUGAUCUGUCGCCAGCUCGGAGCGGACGCAUUCCGGAGACCUUGCGCAAGAAACUGGCCGGCGAUGGAUUCAACGACGUCCUAGACUUCUUUGAAGAGGUCAACAGCACCUACGUCGCCCAGAUCAUUGACAACGGAUGCGGCUCCCAUACAGACUAUGGCACCUUUACCAUCAUCUUCCAGGACGGAACAUCAGGGCUCGAGAUUGAAGAUGCCGAGCAGCCCGGUCUUUGGAUGCCCGUUCCUGGCGACGCAACGGUUGUCCUCGCUGGUUGGUGCGCUGUGAUCCUCAGUGGAGGCAACAUCCGAGCUACCCGUCAUAGAGUCAGAAGAACUCCGGGUGUUCGAAGACUCAGUGCCGUGCUUUUUGUUGCCCCAGAUGUUGAGGCCACUCUACGACCUCUCGAAGGUGUUAAGGUUGUUCGUCCGUUCACUAAGAAGGUCAUGGAUGGGCAGUUGGAUGUUGGAGAGUUCAAAGAAGUCAUGGGCAAGAAGUGGAGACGUCGUGAGGGCAAUGAGAAGUCUGAUGACGGGGAUGACACGGGAACACAGGACAGUGAGAUUGAACGAUUCAUCUGGGCUUGA